AAAAGCAUGUUUCUAGUACUAGCUCAGGGGUCUGCAAGCUGAGGCUCUGGACCCACAUGUGGCACUUUUGUCCCAGUUUUCACACUAAUGCUUUGAGUGUUUAUGAUGUUGCUUUCAAACCAGAUGGAAGCCAGCUCAUAGUAGCAGCAGGGCUCCGUGUGUUGGUUUAUGACGCUGCAGACGGUGCUAAUAUCCAGCCGUUAAAGGGACACAAAGACAUUGUGUACUGUGUGGCCUAUGCAAAGGAUGGUAAACGGUUUGCUUCAGGGUCAGCUGACAAAAGCAUAAUAAUAUGGACCUCCAAGCUAGAGGGUAUUUUGAAAUACACACACAAUGAUUCUAUCCAGUGUGUUUCAUAUAAUCCAGUCACUCACCAACUUGCCUCUUGCUCUUCUGGUGACUUCGGUCUUUGGUCUCCUGAGCAGAAAUCUGUAAAUAAACACAAAGUGAGCAGCAAAAUAACAUGUUGUGGCUGGACAAAUGAUGGACAAUACCUUGCCCUUGGGAUGAUGAAUGGUGUGGUGAGCAUACGGAACAAAAACGGGGAGGAGAAGGUCAAGAUAGAACGUCCAGGAGGCUCCUCUUCGCCUAUUUGGUCUAUUGCUUGGAAUCCCUCCAAGGAUGAACACAAUGACAUUUUGGCUGUAGCAGACUGGGGUCAAAAGCUCUCCUUCUACCAGCUCAGUGGAAAGCAGAUCGGAGCAGACAGGACUUUGAAUUAUGACCCGUGUUGUGUCAGCUACUUCUCCAAGGGGGAGUACAUCGUGAUGGGCGGCUCGGAUAAGCAGGUGUCGCUCUACACCAAAGACGGAAUGCGAUUGGGAACCAUUGGAGAACAGAAUUCCUGGGUGUGGACAUGCCGAGUUAAGCCCGAGUCCAACUGUGUGGUGCUGGGCUGCCAGGAUGGGACCAUUGCUUGCUAUCAACUUACUUUCAGUACAGUUCACGGCCUCUACAAGGAUCGCUACGCUUAUAGGGACAGUAUGACUGACGUCAUCGUCCAGCACCUGAUCACAGAGCAAAAGGUGAGAAUUCGAUGUCGUGAGUUGGUGAAGAAGAUCGCCAUCUACAGAAGUCGCCUUGCCAUCCAGCUACCUGAGAGGAUCCUCAUCUAUGAGCUCCGCUCCGAUGACUCCUCUGACAUGCACUACCACAGCAAGGAGAAAAUUUGUCAGAAGUUUGAGUGCAACUUGCUGGUUGUGUGCUCCCAGCACAUCAUUCUGUGUCAGGAGAAGAGACUCCAGUGUCUUUCCUUCACCAGCGUCAAGGAAAAAGAAUGGGUGAUGGAGUCUCUAAUUCGCUACAUUAAAGUGAUUGGGGGUCCACCAGGCAGGGAGGGCUUGCUUGUGGGAUUAAAGAACGGGGCUAUCCUGAAGAUAUUUGUUGACAAUCCAUUUCCCAUCACACUGCUGAAGCUGUCAACUUCCGUGCGCUGUUUGGAUAUGAGUGCCUACCGCAAGAAACUGGCCGUGGUUGACGAGCACAACACUCUUCUAGUGUAUGACAUCAACAGUAAAGAGCUCCUCUUUCAGGAGCCUAAUGCUAACAGUGUAGCCUGGAACACCCAGUGUGAGAACAUGCUGUGCUUCUCUGGGAAUGGCUACCUCAACAUUAAGGCGAGCAACUUCCCCGUUCACCAGCAGAAGAUGCAGGGCUUUGUCGUGGGCUACAACGGCUCCAAGAUAUUCUGCCUCCAUGUGUAUUCUAUGUCCGCUGUGGAAGUGCCCCAGUCUGCUCCUAUGUAUCAAUACCUUGAGAAGAAACACUAUAAAGAGGCCUACCAGAUUGCCUGUCUGGGUGUGACAGACAGCGACUGGAGAGAUUUGGCAACAGAAGCUUUGGAAGGACUUGAUUUUGAAACUGCAAAAAAGGCUUUUAUUAGAAUCCGAGACCUACGCUACCUGGAUUUGAUCAGCAGCAUUGAGGAGAGGAAGAAGCGGGGUGAGAACGACAAUGAGCUGUUCCUGGCAGACGUCUAUGCCUUCCAGGGGAAAUUCCAUGAGGCAGCCAAGCUGUACAAACGCACAGGCCAUGAAUCCAGAGCCCUCAGCAUGUACACAGAUCUACGCAUGUUUGAGUACGCCAAGGAGUUUGUGGGAACAACAGAUGUAAAGAGCUCCCGGAUGCUGAUGGCUAAACAGGCAGAUUGGGCUAAAAGCAGCAACGAACCCCGAGCUGCUGCUGAGAUGUAUCUGUCAGCAGGAGAACACAUGAAAGCUAUAGACAUUAUUGGAGAGCACGGUUGGGUGGACAUGCUCAUCGACAUUGCUCGUAAGCUGGAUAAGGCUGAGCGUGAACCACUGACGAAAUGUGCACUUCACCUCAAGAGGCUGAAACAUCAUGGCUAUGCCUCAGAAAUCUAUUCCAAGAUGGGAGACUUGAAGGCUCUGCUCCAGCUGCAUGUGGACAGCAAAAACUGGGAAGAGGCAUUGUCUUUGGUGGAGAAGCAUCCCCAGUUCAAAUGUGACGUGUUUGUGCCGUACGCCCAGUGGCUGGCUGAAAACGACCGCUUUGAGGAAGCACAGAAAGCAUUUCACAAGGCUGGGCGUCAGGAUUCGGCCGUGAAAGUCCUGGAGCAGCUUACCCACAAUGCAGUGGUGGAGAACAGGUUUAGUGAUGCAGGCUAUUAUUACUGGAUGCUGUCCAUGCAGUGUUUGGACAUUGCCAGAGAUUAUGAAGAGCAGAGGGAUGAGAUGCUGACAAAGUUUAAGCGUUUUCAGCAUCUGGCUGAGCUUUACCACGUCUACCACUCCAUUCAGCGUUACACGGAUGAGCCUUUCAUUUCAGACAUUCCAGAGACCCUCUUCAACAUCUGCAGGUUCCUCCUGAACAACCUCACCAAAGAAAUACUUCAGGGGAUUUCUAAAGUUAAAAUCUUGUACACGUUGGCGCAGCAGAGUCAGAAACUGGGUGCGUAUAGACUCGCCAGGUCGUGCUAUGAGAAACUCCUGGAGCUCCAUAUCCCUUCACGCUUCCAGGCGGCAAUAGAACGAGGCAGCAUGGUCAUUCGUGCCAAGCCCUGCCAUGACAGCGAGGACCUCACUGAGGCUAUGAUGUGCUACCGUUGCUCCAACAACAAUCCACUCCUGAGUAACCAGGGGAGCAUGUGCAUCAACUGCAAGCAGCCUUUUAUUUACUCCGCCUCAUCUUAUGAGGUGCUGCCUUUGGUGCAGUUUUAUCUAGAAGAAGGUAUCAGCGAUGAUGAGGCUCUGUCUCUUAUUGACCUGGAAGUUCCUCACACAGAUCAAGGAAAAGCACAGGAGCAGGAUAUGAACAACAGCGAGCUCCAGACUUUAAAGAUUAAUGACGAUUUAGACGAUGAAGGAGAUCAUCCAUUCACAGCCAAAAUAAGCUUUGAGCAAGGGGGCUCUACCUUUGUCCCGGUCAAGGUGAGCCGUUCGGUGCUGCGCUCCAUGAGCAGAAGGGAUGUCCUGAUAAAGCGCUGGCCCGCGCCUCUCAGAUGGGAAUACUUCCGCUCCCUGCUGCCUGAUGUUAGCAUCACCAUGUGUCCUACCUGCUUUAAGAUGUUUCAGAGUGAGGAUUAUGAACUUCUCGUGCUUCAACACAACUGCUGCCCCUACUGUCGCAGACCCAUCGACGAACCGCACUGAUCUCCUUUACAGCAACUUUGAUCAUUCGCUAAAUUUUAUGUUAUAUUUUAGUGUCUGUAUUUAUCUUUUCAGCAUACACAUGAGGCUGGACUGUGCUGUGAGGAUAUUCGAGCUGCAUUUUAAGACCAACACUCUUUUAUUUAAGGACGAAAAGACGGAAUUAGCAGACGUUUUGUGUCAGUCCUUAGAGUGUAAGACAAGUGCACCAACAACCACUGAGUUCAAGUGGAUUAAUGGGAUCAGAUUGCUUCAAGUUAUCCAUAUGCUCAAUAGAAAAAAUGAAAUCAAAAUGCAAACUGUUUAUGAAAGAAUUAUUUUCAUGCAUUUAAUCUUUUUUGUCUCUGACAAAAAGCUUUUUGAAGAAAUGUGUUGCAAUUCUUUUGUAAAAUUAAAGAAUUAUUUUGUAAAAAAAUAAACCCGUAGUAACUUCAAACAAGCAACAGAUUAUUUCAAGAUAAAGGAGCCUCAUCUUUGCACAUUGUAAAGGUCAUGUGAUGACAACAAUGACCUUCUGCAGCAGCUCUCCUAAGGUUUAUACUCCAUGUUCCAUCCCUUAUACAUGAGAAUACAUACAUGUUUUUUUUAUACUGCAGUUUUUCACAAUAAAAACACAAUUUGAACAAUG